AUGCUCCGCCAACAAGUUCGCUCACUUCACGCUACCGCGAGAAGAUAUGACUUCUCUAAGAUGACCAUUGUCGGCCGCAUUGGCUCAGAUUUCACCGAAUACACGUCGUCCAAUAACAACAAAUAUCUGAAGUACAGCAUCGCGUCGCAACCCAGAAGGGAUGGUGCCACCAACUGGUACAAUAUCACGGUGUUCAAUGAGCCCCAAAUCAACUUUCUGACGCAAUACGUGAGAAAAGGCGCUCUUGUAUAUGUGGAAGCAGACGCUGCCAAUUAUUCAUUCGAGAGAGAAGACGGCUCCAGAGGCACCACUUUGAGCCUUGUCCAGAGUAUGUUCUUGUAUCCAAGAGAUUACCUACUAGAAUCCGCCAAUUUUUGUGCAAUGAGCGAAAUUUACUAA